ACGGACAAAAGAAGAGAAACGUGGCGUCACAAAGGUUGAAGGAGAAAACUAUUUUAUUGAACGUUUCUGGUACAACAGAUAAGAGCACGUCGGACCCACUCCGCCCGCGAUGAACCCUUCUUCCGUGGACCCCACACACCGCCUCCAGUUUCCAACGUCUCUCUGUAGGUGUAUGGAUGGAUGGAUGGAUGGAUAUAGAGAAGAAACAAUUUGUUGUCAAUUGCCAGUUGGUUUGAAGGUCAAUCUAUGGGAGCGUCUCCACUAAGCAUUGUGGUGCGACCCUGCCCUUCCCUACAAAACCCCCUCUCAUGAUCACCUUCCUUCUCAGCAGCAACAUUAAUGGCGGAAGCAAACAAUAUUUCAGAGUCCACAUCUUCACCCUUUUCGUCCAACUCGGCCUCUAAAUCCCCGGAGCGGAGAUCUGGCAAGAGACCCAGAGAGUGUAGCAAGCACCCGGUGUACCGGGGCGUCCGAAUGCGCAGCUGGGGCAAGUGGGUGUCCGAAAUCCGCGAGCCCCGCAAGAAAUCCCGCAUCUGGCUUGGCACAUUUUCCACCCCAGAAAUGGCUGCACGAGCGCACGACGUCGCUGCGCUGAGCAUCAAAGGUGACUCGGCGGUGCUCAACUUUCCUGACCUCGCUCCUCUGCUUCCUCGACCACUAUCGGCAACCCCACCUCACAUUCAGGCUGCUGCGGCUAAAGCGGCAGCCAUGGCCCCAGUCGAGUUUCGUUCGCAGGAAUCGGAAUCCGAGGAGCUGGGUCAGAUAGUGGAGUUGCCCAAUAUAGAAGGGCGUUUUGACUCGCCCGAGUCAGGGGCUGAUGAGUUCAUAGUAAUUGACACGGUUGAUGGGUGGCUGUAUGAUCCGCCGAUGGCGCUAGAAGGAGCUCAGAUUUUUGGAGAUUUCAGUGAUCAGAUAUUGGCGUUGGAGAGCUUUAUUCCGAGCAACCUUGAAAUCUGGUGUGGGAUGAAUGGCUAAUUAUUAUGUUGGUGUGCUUAAUUUUGAUAAGUUUUUACAACUUAUUUCGGCUACUUUUGCUAACUAGGCACCUCUACUGUAAUAUAUAAUAUAAUUAUUAAUUCAGACAAUAC